CGCGCCUUCCUAGUCACUGGUGGGUUUUGCCCAGUAAGGGAGGGAGAACAAGCGCUACGUCAAACGUCAGCAUCGUCGGUUUUUAUUAAAAUAUAAAGUUUAAUGUAUUAAUUCCUCUAUUUAUUUGGGAAUAUCUCAUCAGUUUCACUCGCAUGGUAAUAAGGUCAGUGACGAUGCCUUCUGUCAAGUAUCAGGGAGGGGACAUGGUGAUGGGCCGCUGGCCUGGCAGCAGCCUGUAUUAUGAGGUCAAAGUGCUGCGCUUUGAUGCCAACAGUCAGCUUUACACCGUCAUCUACAAGGAUGGUACUGAGCUGGAGCUCAAGGAGCAGGACAUCAAGAGUGCUGCUGGUUUCCAGCUCCGUCCACGCUCCCGCUCUCGUUCGCGAUCACCGGGCCGCCGUCGCAGCCGCUCCCGCUCCCCAGCAAGGACCACGCGGCGCUCGUCCUCCCGCACAGCGGCUGCUGUUGCUGCUGCAGCCAUCACAGAGAAUGUACCGGCAUCCCGCAGGGAUACUAAGCUGAAGGAUGCGCAGGAAGUCAGUCUCAGCCCCCUAGAACAGACAAAGGCAGCUGAGAACAACAGCAACAAUAAGCACGAGCAAAAAGAGGAAAAUAACACUGCUAUCAAAGUAAAUGAGAACACUGAUGCUACAGUAGAGGCAGAACCUGAGAAGAACCAAGGUCGUUACAAUCUGCGUCGCAGGAAGGACGAAGCCAAGCCAGUUGAGGCCAAAGCACAGGAAGAGAUGGAGGCCAAGCCGACUGCAGCUCCUGCUGCCUCUCCCCCUCCCCCUCUGGACUUUGGAGGGAAGCUAGGAGCAUACUUCUGGCUGCUCUUUCUGCCUGCCUGGGUUCUCUUCCUGAUACUCCAAGUCAACCUGGAGGACCCCAGUCUGGCCAACUUCCCACCUCCUCUGCCCCCUCUCCAAGCCUUCUGGGAUGCCCAGGCCCUUGGAUUUGUCAUCCUCUGGCUCUUAUUCCAGGUCCUGCUCUACAUCCUGCCGGUUGGAAAGCUGAGCGAAGGCAUGCCACUGCGGUCUGGGGAGAGGCUGAAGUACAGAACCAAUGGUUUCUUUGCUAUGGUGGUGAGUAGUGUAGCGGUAGCAGCAGCUGUGCACCAGGGUGUUGACCUCACCUACAUCCACAGCCACUUCCUGCAGUUGGCUACGGCCUCCUUCCUCAUCUCUGUCGUGCUCAGCCUCUACCUGUAUGUCCGCUCUUGCUCGGCUGCUGCAGAGCAGUUGGCUUUGGAAGGAAGCUCUGGCAAUGUGGCUUAUGACUUUUUUAAAGGACGUGAGCUCAAUCCUCGCAUCAAAGACUUUGAUCUGAAAUUCUUCUGCGAGAUGCGCCCUGGUCUGAUUGGCUGGUGUUUGAUCAACUUUGCGCUGGCGCUGGCUGAAAUGAAGCAGCAGGCUCUGGAUGCUCCGUCCUACUCCAUGAUCCUUGUCAAUCUUUUCCAGCUGCUUUAUGUGGCCGACGGCCUCUGGAACGAGGAGGCCAUCCUGACCACCAUGGACCUGAUGCACGAUGGCUUUGGCUUCAUGUUGGCGUUUGGUGAUCUGGUGUGGGUUCCCUUCACCUAUACACUGCAGGCCUAUUACCUGGUCGGCCAUCCCAACCCUCUGAGCCUGCCCGCCCUGGCAGCCCUUGUCACACUCAAACUUGUUGGCUUUUACAUCUUCAGGAAGUCCAACUCUGAGAAGAACGCCUUCAGGAGGAACCCGUCAGACCCCAAACUGUCUGAUGUGAAGACUAUCCCAACAGCCACAGGGAAGAGUCUGCUGGUGUCUGGCUGGUGGGGGUUGGUCCGCCACCCUAACUACCUGGGAGACCUCCUGAUGGCUCUGGCCUGGUCUCUACCCUGCGGCUUCAGCCACCUCCUGCCGUGGUACUACAUGAUCUAUUUCAUCGUCCUGCUGGUGCACCGAGACUCCCGCGACAUGACUCAGUGCAGGAGGAAGUACGGGUCAGCGUGGGACGAGUACUGCCGAACAGUUCGCUACCGGAUCAUUCCUUGCGUCUACUGAGGAACCUGGUGCUGCUGAGGGCUUUGACCUAAAUAAUGGCUGUGAAGUCUUACCAAAAACUUAAAUAUGAAUGGAUUGACUGACGGAUUUGACUUUUUAUUAAAAAAGAAAAUGUUUUUGUGUUGAAUUUUUAAAAUCUUGAUUCUGGACUGAAGGAGCUACAUUACUUGAUUUUUUUUUUUAUAUGGAAGAAAAAAAUGUCAAUCAUUGGUUUUGUGGAGUAUUUAAAAAUUGCCUUUUUAAGAGAAAAUACUCAAAAAUAUAAACAAAAAGUUUGCCAACUCUGGG